CUCGAACAUGAAUACAGUUUUCUACCUUACCGAUAGUUCUGUUUGUAGUUUGACAUUUUGCCGGCAACUAGCGCCAUCGUCCAUGAUCCUCUUGGAAUUUUUCAUUUUUCUCAGUCAGCAAAUGGCGUCGAAGUGAAGGUGUACGAAUUUUUUCUACGCGUUUGAUGACUGAACGCGAUCGCGUAUCGGAAAAGUUGUAUUUUCAUCAUAAACAAACGGUUUCUGAGAUGUUUUUUAGUAGCAAACAUUUUUCUUCGGUGGUAGCGUUGCUGUAACGCCGUUAUCACGGUGAAUCAGUCCAAGCUUGAGGUGCUUCAGGAUGAAUCAAGAAGCGGAGUCGAAGGAAGAGAAGCCUACUUGGCCCCCAGUGGACAAUGCGGCACCACCGACGCCUCAACCGCACGUCAAUUUGCCUGUACCCACCACCCCGCAAGGGCCCCCUGUUAAUCAAGGAAUGGAGUUCGAGCUGCCUUUGGAACUGCAACAACAGGGCUGGAAGAAGUUUUGGUCGAAAAGAGAGAAAAGGCCUUACUUUUGGAAUAAACUGACUGCGGAAAGCCUUUGGGAAAUACCUGUGCUUAAGCCGCAAUUCGAUCCCAUUACUGAUCCGCUGGGUAUCUGUCAUGCUCCCCCACCACAAGCUGUGGCUCCAGGGCCGGUUCCAGGCCCCCAUGCAAUGCCUGUGGCAAAACGGAGACCUUCUGAAGAGCUGGCAGGACCACAAGCAAAGAGAUUUGUUUUAGCUGGGCCAUGGGACUUAGAUAUACCUACCAAUGUGAUUAUUAUUGAAAGGGCUCCUUGUAUCUACAUGCAUUCUCACCCAGAGAUUGAGGCAUACAGAUGUGGCUUGCUGUCAAAGUUAAGGCAGUGUUAUCAGGAAUUGUGCCAUUCAAGAGAGUCCAUAGAUGCCCCCAAAGAAUCUUUUAAUAGGUGGUUGAUGGAAAGAAAGGUUAUUGACACUGGCUAUGAUCCUCUUUUACCAAGCAACUGCUAUCCAGAAAUAUCACUGUCUAUGUACAAAGAGAUUAUGAAUGAUAUACCUAUAAAGUUGGUGAGGCCUAAGUUUACUGGAGAUGCCAGAAAGCAGCUGUCAAGAUAUGCAGAGGCAGCAAAGAAAAUAAUGGAGUCAAGGAAUGCAGAAAAUGAAAGCAGGAAAGUGGUAAAGUGGAACGUUGAUGAAACUUUUCAGUGGUUGAGGAAAACAGUUGGAGCAACGUAUGAUGAUUUUCAAGAUAGGUUGGGACAUCUGAAGCAGCAGUGUCAGCCCCAUCUCACUGAAACAGUAAAAUCGUCGGUGGAAGGUAUCUGCAUGAAAAUAUACAACCUGUCUUGCGACUAUGCUCGGAAGGUUCGCGAGAAAGCGAAUUCGAUCCUGAAAGAGCAAGUAUUGGGAGAGCUACCCUCGGCUCCGUUGCAAAUCCACGGCGCUAGGAAAGUAUGGUGCUACCCCGUGCAGUUUACAGUGGGCUGUCCACGAAUGCCUGUUGUCGAGUAUCUGCCUGACAGAGAUCAGGCGUUGCUCCGGUAUCAGGGUGAUACGUUGGCGAUCAACGCUACGCAUCUGCAGAAGUUGGAGCAUCUGUACAGGCACAACUGCUUCGACGACAGAAAAUUCGAGCUGUUCAUCCCUAGGGUGUGGUGCGUACUAAAAAGGUACGCCACCUUCAUGGGCGUCUACCCUUCCUCGUCCACUUCCAGUGCCGAUUCGCACGAGACGCAACGAGCCCUUCCAGUGGCAGCUCUGGAGUGUCUCAACAGGGCUUUCGGCGUCACUUUUGAAUGUUUCGCUUCGCCAUUGAGCUGUUACUUCAGGCAGUAUUGCUCGGCCUUCGCAGAUUGUGACUCGUACUUUGGAAGCAGGGGAUCGUUCUUGAAACUGAAAGCAGUAUCGGGUUCGUUCGUCUGCCAUCCGCCUUACUGCGAAGAGCUAAUGGAAGCUUCAGUGAAUCACAUGGAACGACUGUUGUCAGAUAGUCCGGAACCUCUGAGUUUCGUGGUGCUGGUUCCAGAUUACAGGGAACCCACGCCGACAGCGCUUGUGAGGUUAGAGUCGAGUCAGUUCAAGAGGAAGCAAGUGACUAUACCGGCGUACGAGCAUGAGUUCAGGCAUGGGUUUCAACAUGUCUUGAAUAAGACAGAACUGAACGUACGUUCACCACACGGUACAGUGAUCGUAUGGCUGCAAAACACCUCGGGACAUCAAAGAUGGGAACCCACGGAGGACAGAGUGCAGGCCCUGUUAGAGACUUUCAGGCCCGGUAGGGAGAGGGACAGGGACAAGCGGGAGCUAUUGAGCCCUACGAGACAGUCGAAUGCGACGGGGACUGAGGCAGAACCUGCAAAGGAUGUAUUGGUGCAUUGAGGAGGUGGUUAGGUUGAGUUUAGGAAAAUGAGAAGGAGAAUACGUUCGCGGUAUGAGAAAAUCGAAGUAAGACAAUAGCUUCUAUCCAUCGAGAUAAUAUUGUCACUUCGGUGCUUUGGUAACGUUAUCAUUGCCAUAAACAGACAGAACAACAAGAACAAAGCUCUCUGCCUGUCAUUGAGAAUAGUUGCCAUUGCCACAACAAGAAACAACAGCUUAAAAAUGGGAUGAUAUUGAUUUUCCAGGAGGCCAUUGCUUGAAAACGAGGCCAUACAAUAACUAAUAGACAAACACUUUCUGGCAGCUUUCGUAUUUUUUAUCAUAUAAGUUGGUGAAUGCAAACAUCAAAACAGUAAAUGCGCCUAAUAGCUUUGUAUUUAGAGAUGAGACUGGUGGACGACAGCGAGGCUGCGCUGUUUUUUAUCAAGAGGAUUUUUAGGCGAGCGAGGGAACGUCAAAGAAUUCUUCGAAAGGUAACAGAACAAUGCCCAGUUUCUGUUGAUUGUUCUCCUUGUCCCUUAGCAGUGUAGCGCUCACAAGAAAAAAUUAUUACAGAUAAAAGAAUGAGUUGACUAUGGAUUCUAUGAUGCCUGCGAUUGAGAAUAGAAAUAAGGGUCCUUCGGAUGGCUUGUAAGCCUCAAAAAAACUGUUUUCUAUAAAUGCAACACAGUCCAGGACCACAUGUAUAUUUGAUCAAAGCAUUCUAUGUGGGGAUAGUCAACCUGAUACUAUUUUUCGGGGUUUAAAGAAUCAUCUGCGACGAACUGAGAUCCAUAGCAUCAUCUAUGAAAAUUUCUUACAGCUUUGUUUCCCUUCGUCGUACUAAUUGGAAAUCUAAUUUGAAAAGGUUAGGAUCUCAUAGAUGGAGGUGUAGCUAAAUAGGCGACUUAUGAUGAUAUAGUUGGAUGUGGCAUAGCUGUAACAAAUUCUCAUAGAUGACGCUGCGGUGACUUAUUUCAUCUCGGAUAAUUUUUUGGAAGUGGGAAUAUAGUAACGGGUGUAAUAACGAUGGAUUAUUCGAUUGACAUGCAUUUUUUUUUAUUCGAAAGAUAAUCUUGUGGCAUUACAUUUUAAAUAUGAUUUCUGGCAUAUGACUGCCACGGCUGGCUCGGAUGUAGUCCAAUCUGGACGUCCAAUUUUCGAUGACUUUUUCCAACAUUUGUGGCCGUAUAUCGGCAAUAACAUGGCGAAUGUUGUCUUCCAAAUGGUCAAGCGUUUGUGGAUUAUCCGCAUAGACCAAUGACUUUACAUAGCCACACAGAAAAUAGUCUAGCGGUGUUAAAUCACAAGAUCUUGGAGGCCAAUUCACAGGUCCAAAACGUGAAAUUAGGCGGUCACUAAACGUUUCUUUCAAUAAAUCGAUUGUAGCACGAGCUGUGUGACAUGUUACGCCGUCUUGUUGGAACCACAGCUCCUGGACAUCAUGAUUGUUCAAUUCAGGAAUGAAAGUUAGUAAUCAUCAUAGUUUUUGAAGAAGUAUGGACCAAUGAUUCCACCAGCCCAUAAAGUGCACCAAACAGUCAGUUUUUCUGGAUGUAACGGUGUUUCGACAUAGACUUGAGGAUUAGCUUCACUCCGAAUGCGGCAGUUUUGUUUGUUGACGUAGAUAUUCAACCAGAAGUGCACUUCAUCGCUAAACAAAAUUGGCUUAUGAAAAUCAGGAACAACGGCAUUCUCGUUUUGGGCCCAUUCAACGAGUCUACGCCUUGCUUGAUGAUCGUUUGGCUUCAAUUCUUGCACAAGUUGGAUUUUGUAAGCACGCAAACCAAGAUCCUUCCGCAAAAUCUUCCAUAAAGUGGAUGGACACAGACCCAAUUCCUGUGCUCGAUGGCGGAUGGACUCGUUCGGGCCUGCCUCAAUGCUACGCUCUACAGUAGGAACAGCUUCUUCUGUACGCACCGUCCGGCGUUUCUGGGUAUGCGAGUUAUCAAUUAGAGUAAACGUGCUGCGAAAACGUUCCAUGGUUAAUCGAAUUAACUGCUCUGAUGGACGAUUUAGUCGACGAUAAAAUGGACGUAGUGCGCGAUACGUGUUCCGCACAGAACCAUUAUUUUCGAAAUAAAACUGCACAAUUUGCAAGCGUUGUUCAAGCGUGAGUCUAUUCAUGAUGAAUUGCCAAACCAAACUGAGAAGAAAUCACUUGACAGCUGUCAAAUCGGUCGUCAAAAAUAAUGCCAACUUAAAGUUCUAUACCUCGAAAAAAAACACCCGAUAUUAGGUUGGCUAUCUUCAGGUUAAUAUUGGAUUUUUGCCGAUACCGAUAUACCAGUGUUAUCGGCCUAUUGGCAGUUCGUUUCUUUCCGUACUUUUGUACAACUACGCAUAAUGGGGAAUAUGUAUGUUUUUUUGUAUUCUCCGUUGAUUAUUUACGUUAAUGUAUCGUCUCGGAGCAAGUUGAGUUUUCAAGAUAAUGAAGAUUUUUCGAAAAGGAAAAGUGAUAAGAAUAAAAGUAAUCACUCGUUUCAUUCUUCCAUAAAAGAGGAAUAUUCACACAUAGUUUCAGAGCUGUAUUUGUUAACAAGUUCCGAUUGAAGAAAAAAAUGCACUAUAAAAUACACAAAAAAUGCAUUUUUUGAAUGAAAACAUUGUUACACACCAUGAAAUUAUCAGAUGAAAAGGAUUUAGAAUACUGUUGCAAACAGGAAAUUGAAAAAAAACUAAAAAAAGGGACGUGUCACAUUGAGGAAACUUUGUAAAUCCGGUUUAUAGUUGAUAGAUAAAAAUUGGGCAAUGACUGAACAUAAGAGGUAGUGCAGGAGGAUUAAGUUAUUUGUAAUUUGAAGUGCUAUCGAUUAGUUUAAGCAUCGAAAAAAAUAUAUUAAAAAAUGUAUAUUUGGAAAUAAAUGCAGAUUUGCAUAAGAUUAAAUCAAAAUUGUAAAAGAUAUCCAAAUCUUCGUUUACUAUGCGAUUAAUUCUACGAAUAUUAUUACUUUGAUGCAAUGUUGGAUCUCACAAUAUUCUAAGUGUAAGUAACUUGGUUAGGAUUUUCCCAGUGUGUCUUUUUGCACUAUCUUAAAUUUAGAGAAAGAUGCUGUUUGUGAUUAUUAGGUCUCGUGCUUAGGAUUUAGAUAAAUUAAUAUGUAUUAUAGUGAUCACACUAACAAAUAUCUUCUAUUUUUUUUUCGAAAAUUCUAGAUAGUGUCAUUAAAUUUGUAAUUCUGCGAAGAGGUCUGAAAACGUACACUGUGUUUCUUGAUGGGAUAAAAAAUGUGAUUGAUUUUUCUAUUUUUAUAUAAUAUUUAUUUUUAUUUCGUACCGCGUGUAAUAGUUUAAUUACGUUUGGGACAUCACUUAGAAAAAACGUACCUGAAAAGAAUCGAGAAUUUUUUGUCGAAACUUAUUGAAUCAAUAUUGAUUUUUAAAACGUUUGGGGAGAUAUCGAUCAUCUUUCGAAAACAGAAUACCAGUCACUAAAGCACUAAUAAUUAUUCUGGAGGUUUAUUGACAAUGAAGAUUGAAGAAUUGUUGAAGCUUCUUGUUUUAAUAUAUUCCUAAAUGAUUAUUGAGAUGCAGCAAAGGUAAGUCGUCCUUAAAUAUUGAUUGACUGAUAUUCACAAUUGUAGUGGUGUCUAAUGCUUGAUUCAUCAUGCUUUGAUCAAUUUGAAUAAGUCUCACAUGUCCUUAUUCAACUCCAGCACAAGUAAAAUCAUAGUUUUAGGAAAUACCCUCAGAUAAUUAAUAGAACCGUAACAAAUACAAAGACAGCAUUUAGCGUACUAUAAAAAAGUAGUUUAUACCAAUUGUGAUUUAAUUUCAGAUGUAUGAACACGAUUUAUCUGAAUUCAUGUGCAAAAAUAUCAUCGCGUAUGGAAAUUAUUUAUAAAAAUGUACAUAUAACAUCUCUAUAUAUUCUUCUUUGGUGUACUUUGCGCCAUGUUUUAAUAAUUAAAGUGGGAAAAUGAUUGAAAUGUUUCUAGAGCAGAAAUUACAUCCAAAAGUGUCAUAAAGAGUUCCGAUUUUAUAUUAAAUAUUUUCAAACCUGAUUUUCUGUAAUUGGAACCACUUUACAUAAACUCGAGACAUUUCAUUUAAAACUAACAUUUAAAAAAUGCCUGCGUGAGAUUCAAAAAGUGUCCACGUUCAAGAACGUGCUGAAUUAUUUCUGCCCUAGAAGUAAUACCACUGUUCUUUGUCACCUAUUAUAUUGAAGAAUUUAAGCAGACUCUUCAAUUUUUCGAAAAAAAAUCAAUGGUGAUGCUAAAAGGGUUAGUAUUAAUUGCUGAUUGGUUGUUUGUAAAUAUAAAAUACCUUGCACAGCCAAAAUGACAAAAUCACUAGAUGGCUGGGUCUUUCUUAUGUAAAUAUUUCUUCAUGUCUUUGCAGAUAAGUUGAGGAUUCUGCAUUAUGUUCUUGCAUGUGCAAAAUAGCAUCUAAAUUAUUGUGUAAAUACAGAUUUGUAGAUGACAAAAUUUUAUAUCACUAAAUAUUUCAUAGGUCUAUGUAUUUAUGGAAAUAUAGUUAUUUUGUAUUUUUGGUCGGGGAGGAAUUUGUUUCCUCGGCGAAUUACUUGUUGUGUAGUUUUAGUAUUUGUUUUAUAUUUUACAAUAAGAAUGGAUUUUGUAAAAUUUUAAAUAUUGAGAUAAUAAAAAUAUACACUUUACAUCUGCUUUAUGUUUUCUUUCCUUCA